AUGACGGUUCUGCGUCGCACGGCCCGGGCGCCGGGCCCCUCGCGGUCUGGCGCGGGGGCCGAGCCCGAGGCCGACCCCGGUCCGGCAGAGGAGUUCGCGGGGCUGGCCUCCGCCCUCGGCGCCCCAGAUCCAGGCUUGGGCGGCGGCGGCGUCGCCGGUGCCAGCUCCGCGACGGCGCGCGGCCCCACCGCGCGGGGGGCCCGGGCCCAAGAGCUUCGGGCCCUCCUGCGCGCGGCCAGGGAGCGCGUGAGAGCGGCCGCCGCGAAUGGCGCUGCUGCCGACGCCCCCGCAUCGGCGCUCUCGGAACGCCUCCGGGACCAGCCGCCGCCCGCAAAUCGCGUGGUUGGCAUCGAUGCGUGGGUGGAGCUCUCGACCCUGGCGCGCAACUACGGGUUUCUCGGGCGGCCGCGGCUCCUGGCCAGACUCCCGAAGUUCCCGGCGGAACCGACGGCCGCGCAGAGGCAGGCCUUCGAGCGCUUCCGGCUGCUCGCGGCGAUCUGGGCUGACGAGGGGGCCCCGAUUAAUUUGCCCACCUCCGCGGUGGCCGAGCAGAAGGCUUUGGGGCUCCACUGGGGCGAGCAGGUGACUCGCGCACUGCCGCUCGCGCACGACGGCGCCCCCCCUGGGUCGCCCGCCGCGGACGUGGCUGCCUGGGUGAACCUCGAGGACCUCCUCGACGGGCCUGCGCUCGAUGCCCUUAGCGACCCCCGUGUCCUCAGGCUUCCCGAGGACGAGGUCGCGGCGCCUCCCCCCCGGGCCAGCGUUCUCGUGGACGCCGAGGAGGAGUGCUACAUGCUAGUCGAGUCGCUGCACCGUUUGGGCGUCAUGGAGGCGGAGGUGAGCUGCUGCGUCUUCGCGCCGAGCCGGAAGCAGCUGGCCGCGCGCGCGGCCUGCGCGAAUGCGGGGGUCCAGCGCGCGCCAGAGAGAGCGGCCGAAGGGCGCCUCUCCUGGGUGACCCUGGGAGCGCAACUCCGCGAAAUUGAUCGUUUAGUUGGCACGUCGCCGUCGCGCCGGUCGUUCCGCGUUGGCUGGCGCCUCGACCGCGUCGCCAGCGAGCGCGUGAUCAACGACGACCCUGUCGGCGCUGCUCGGAUCCAAGCCUUUGGGAGCGGCGUUUCCGCGAGUCCUUCCGACCUCCUGUUGGUCGGCGACUUCGACGGGAUCGGCGGAGCCCGCGUGGCGCUGGAUCUGCUUGCUGUCGCGGCCGAUCAGGUGGCCAAGUGGUGGGCGGACAGGUGCCCGCGGGCCCGGGAGGCUGCCGCGGGCGGCAAGCUGGGCCCCGAGGGUGAACGGGCCCAGCACGUCAACAUCUGGGAGGCCGCGGCGGUCCUGGAUUUCCUGCGCUCGCACCCCAGUGAGAACAUGAACAAGCGCAAGAUGUUCCUGCUGGAUUGCCAGGCGGCUAUGGGUGCACUGACGACGGGGCAGCCUGGCAGGGCGGAGAGGACCUCGCACACCGUGGCGCUCCACCUGACGAAGGACACGCUUGCGGCGCCCCUGUGUGGCGCUCACGUGCCCAACUACACCGACAUCGUCGACAUCUACGAGCUGCGCGAUGGGGCAAUUUACCCCGAAAACUCGAUCAUGGACACGCCUGUGGCGCCCUGGUGUGGCGCUCACGUGCCCUCCGACAUGAACGACAGCAUCGUCAUCUCCGAGCCGCACAAUGCACCCCUCGAGAAGGCCCGGGAGGGCGAGCAGUGGCAGGAGCCAGACGUCACUGGCACUGACAUCGUGAAGAACGAUUCUGAGGAAAAUAGCACCAAGGGGCACCCGACGAGCAUGCCGCUCUCUCUUGCCUGGCACCAAAUGUCCUUGAGCGAGGAUCUGGCCGACGCAUACAAGCUACCCGCCGACAUCUACGAGGCUAUUACGAAGGGCAUGCGCCGGGGCUCCGGCCCGGCGGACUUCCUGAGCCAGACGGCGAGGACCCGCGUGCCAAUGAACUCGAUGAAAUUUGCGGACGAGCUCCACGCUGCAAUUGCAAUCGCGACCUGUUUUAGGAGCCCCUUGCCGCUGGCGCCGCGGCGCCCCCUCGCGGUCCCGAGGCUCGACCUCGAGGCGCUCAGCGGCAAAGAAGCCCUGGCCGACGCGCCCCUGGUCGGCCACCCGUGGGCGGGCGAGCGCACGGAGAGCAACGUGGAUUCCAGAUGGAGCCGCGAUCCGGUGGCCAGGCCGGCGAAGCCCGCGCUGCGGGGGUACGCGGCGGCCAAGCCCGAGGACCAGCAUCGGAUCGCAGAGUUUUACGGCUUCCGGGACGAGGGUUUCGAGAGCACGAUGAGGCGCCUGAAGACGGACCAGAUCCGGCCGCGCUUGUACAUCGGCACCAUGGCAGAUGCGGCGUAUUGGCCCCUGCUCGAAGCACUCUCCAUCACGCACGUGGUCAACUGCGCGGUCGAGGCUCAGAAGGCCCCUCCUCCCUACGAGGAGCGCGGCAUCAAGUACUUGCUGCUGCCGUUGCACGAUUCGGUGCACGAGGCGGAGACUAUGUUGAGGCACAAGUUCCGGGGCCUGCGCCGCGCCACGAGGUUCGUCCGCGACGUCCUGAAG